GGACAGCCCCAGGACGGCCUUUUCCUCCUCCUGCUCCUCCUCCUGCUCCUCCUAGUCCCGCUCCCCCGCUCCGCCAUGUGGGGCCGGCGGCGGGCCCGGCGCGGCGGGCACAGCGCGGAGGAGCUGCGGGUGCGGCGGCGGGAGCGAGAGGCAGCUCUGAGGAAGGCCCGGCGGCAGGAGCAGCUGGUCAGCAAGCGGCUGCUGCGGGAGGACAGCGCGGCCGAGGAGGGGGCACAGCACGGAGCAGACGUCGUGCCAGACCCACUCCCAGAGGAUGAGGUUCUGGAGCUGCUCAGGGGUGUGCAGAGGGGUUCUGAGGACAGGAAGCGAUGGCUCGGCCGCCUCCGCUGGGCUCUGCAGAACGAGGAGACUCAGCAGAAGUUUGUCAGGCUGGACGGCAGCAUCCGGACGCUCACCGGGCUCUUCACCAGCAGCCUGGCUGACCUGCAGCUGGAGGCUGCCCGCUGUCUGCACGAGCUGUCCCACUCCAGUGUCCCUGCCGUGGCCGAGGCGUGCCUGCCUGUCACCUCCUACCUGCUCACCUACCUGUCAGGACACAGCCUGGAGCUCACGGAGCUGUGUUUGUACACACUGGGGAACCUCGUAGUAGAAAGUGAGGCUGUGAGGAAGCAACUGCUGCCUCAGGGCAUUAUUCCAGUGCUGGCAUCCUGCAUCCAGUCCCCUCACGAGGCAGUGCUGGAAGGUGUGGGCUAUGUCCUCUCACAGCUCCUCCAAGCCAAGGAAGCACCCACAGAGAUCAUCCCGCUGGUCCUGGACUCGGCUCUCCCCCAGCACAUGCUCCAGCUGGUCUGCUCUGGCCUCAAGGCUGGCAUGGGAGCAGCUGUGGAGUUUGCCUGGUGUCUCCACUACAUCAUUUGUAGGCACAAGGACAACGUGCAGCUGCUGGCUCUGGGGGCCGUGCCUGCGCUCACCUCGCUCCUGCUCGACCUGGCUUCCCAACUCCCCCAGGACGCUCCCGAGGGCCUGGAGCUGCUCGUGUGCCCUGUGCUGCGCUGUCUCGGUAACCUGCUGGCACAGGCAGGCUGCCAGCGCCCGGACGCGCGCCUGCUCGUCGCCCUCUUCCUCAUCCUGCAGUGCUUCCUGCAGCAGCACCCCUUCCUGGUGCAGGAGUGCCUGUGGCUGCUCAACAACCUCACGGCGGAUGAUCCCUCCCUCUGCUCCGCUCUGCUGUCCCUGGAGCUGCUGCCGGCCCUGCUGCAGCUGCUGACGUGGUCCCAGAUGGGCACUGUGCUGGUCCUGACUGUGCUGUGCAACGUGGCAGAGAAGGGACAGUUGCAGUGCCAGCAGCUGCUCCAGCAGCCCCUCCUGGCCCAGCUCCUGCCCCUGCUCACCCUGCCCGACCUCGAGGCCGUGGGGCAGUGCCUGGAGCUGCUGCACCUCCUCUUCCUGCACUGCCCAGAGGCUGCUGCUGAUUUCACCAGGCAAGGCGGGCACCAGGCCCUGGAGCAGCACCAGAGCACCCCAGAGCUGCAGGAGCGGGCACAGGCUCUGCUGGACAUGGUCAGGCAGCCCCCAGGAGCCCCCAGUGCCUGCCAGGCCACACUGGCUGCCUCCUCCUCGGCCCUGCCCUGAACUGCCAGGGAGGAAUGAACUGUUCACCCCAUGCCCAGCUCCCGAGGGCUGCUCAGGGCUCUGAUGUGCCCAGUGCUGGCUGCCUGGGGGGCUGGUCCUUGUCAGCAGCUGGCAGCCACCAGCCCAGUGCCCCCCAGAGCCCGGAGCAGGGGCAGAGCUGAGCUGCAGAUUCUCCUGUCCAGGGAGGGCUGAACGGCUGCAUCAGCCAUCCCUUGGGCUCUCAGCCACCACCACGCUCAAGGUAAGCACAUUGUGUUUAUGAAUUGAUAAAUUAAAGAUACAUUUUUGCCAUUAGAGAUAAUCAGUCGAGUCUCCAGCCCGUGUGUGCUUCCUGCCUGUCACGCACGGCCUUUCACAACGCUCUCCAGGGCCUUGCCCACUUCAUCCACGCUUAGGUUGUUCAGUGGGAUGCUCUUCUCCUUCCCAAACUCUGUGGGAAAACAGGCAGAGUGAGAGGGGCAGGUGUGUGGGUCCUUUCCUGGUGCAAGGCACUGAUGUCACAGCCCAGGCUCCCAUCACCACAUCCCAGUGUUCCCACGUGCCCAAGCUACCAUUUCCACCUUCUUAUUCUCCUCCUUUCCCUUGGAAAGAACUCAAAGCAGCUCAAUACCUUUCCCAGUCUCCCUAUGUUAGCUCUGGCUGGGCAGAGACAUGUCCAAGAGCAACCCUGUGGCCUUCAGCCUCAUCCCAGCAAGGUGCUCCCCUCAGGAAAGCAGCCUGGAAACUGUUCCUGCAGCUGCUCCCACUGGGCUGAGCCCGGGCUCCCCUUCCCAGCCAGACCCACCCAGACACACGAGCCUCCCCUGGUCUGUGUGCUCACACUGGGAAACCUGUGCUAAAAGAGUCAUUGCAUCUUUUCAACGGGUUCUAAAUUAAUUUUUUCCAGCCCA